AUGGCUAAUGUGGUAGAGCUGAAGGUGGGUUUGCACUGUGAGGAGUGCAUCAAGAAAAUCUUGAAGGCCAUUAAAAAGAUAGAAGAUAUUGAAACAUAUAACGUCGAUGCACAGCUGAACAAGGUCACAGUGACCGGCAACGUAACAACGGAAGAAGUCAUGAGGGCUCUCCAUAAGAUUGGGAAGCAAGCAAGCAAUUGGGAGGAAGGUCCAGUUGCUCCAGUAUCAUAA